AUGCUCCUAUCAUAUUCAAGCAUCAGGUCGCGCCCAAGUGGCUUGAAAGCUAUCGACACGGGCAUGAUAGGGAUACUUGGAGCCGACAAAUAUCUAAUUGCUCAAAAUCAAGGUUCUACCUGGUUGCGAACACUUAGUCCGAGUCAUAUCGACUUUGAAAUCAUAAAGGAUUGGUUGGCCCUCUGCCGUGAGAUGCACAAAGACGGCUGUGCCUCCAAGGCAUCCUCGCUCGUGCCUUUUAUGAAGCUGAUCGACUGCGAGACGGGCGACAUCGUUCCGGCGGCGAAUUAUUCAUACGUGGCCCUGAGCUAUGUUUGUGGAGAAGACAUGAAAGCUUUUGGCAACUGUGCGUCGAUUCCCAAAGACUUGCCGGCCACGAUCGAAGAUUCCAUUGCUGUCACACGGAAAUUAGGUUUUCGGUAUCUCUGGGUUGAUCAGUUCUGCAUUGAUCAGAAGUACAAGGAGGAUGUUACAGCGCAGCUACUCCAGAUGGACUCAAUUUACCGGAACUCUGAUCUGACUAUUAUUGCCGCCGCAGGUCGAGAUGUGACCUACGGUUUACCCGGGGUGGGCAAACGAUAUCGGUCCAAGCAUGACCAUUCACGCAUCAAAAAUCAAUCUUUGGUCUCCUCGCUGAGCCAGCCACAAUCUUGGAUCAAUGACUGUUGGUGGACAACAAGGGCUUGGACAUACCAAGAAGGAAUCUUGUCCAGACGACGGCUGGUAUUUACCGACGAGCAGGUCUAUUAUGAGUGUUACGGUAUGUUCUGCUGCGAGGCGUUUGAUUUGCCGCUCCGAGAUAUGCACAUUAGGUCUCAACAACGUCUCAAGGCAGACUUUUGUGCCGGCGGCAACAUCGGAAUAUUUCCUCGAGGAGUUGGACGAGGCCCAUGGGAGGUCCUCCAACGUAUUGAAGAGUACUCGUGCAAGUCUCUCACAAACCCCCAAGACAUCCUCAACGCGGUGCUUGGUAUAUUGAGAGCAUUCGAAGAAGGCCCCUUCAAGAUUCGCCAUUGUCUUGGCGUACCUUUCUUGCCUCAAUCAAGCGGCAAGUUGCGCCGGCCUCCCGAAAGAUCUAAAACAACAUCCUGGAAACCUGUCCUAGGCCUUCUUAUGGGACUUUGUUGGAGAGGAACUCUUCCGUCACCUAGACGACUCGGUUUCCCUAGUUGGUCCUGGACAGGCUGGACGGCUCCAGUCAAAUGGGAUGUGGCUACGAUGGCAAUACUUCAGACGGACCCUAACAUCGAUAUUCAUUUUGAACUCAAUGAUGGCCGCAUUAUCGAUUAUGAUUCGUUUCAGGAUUCUUACAAUGACUUGAACAGAAGCUUGGCCUUGUCGAAUUACAUUCACAUUUCGGCCUGGACAUCGACGAUAGAAUUGCUCGGAUAUACUUCCCAUGAUGAUAAGUAUUUUACAGCAAAAAUAGACCUGGAAGAUGGUUGCUAUUCACAAGAUGGAUCCCGCUUAUCAGACGGAUCCUAUUUACAUUGGGUUUUCAAACCGACGACAACCAGAGUAUUAACACCGGACCUGACGUGUAUCGCCAUCCAUAUGGGUUAUCAUUGCCCUGGAAAGAGGCACAGACUCGGUUACGGACUCAUGGUUGUUGCGGAUUUUGGCAGUGGAAUGGAAAGGGUCGCAUUUGACUGGGUGAAACAAUCCAACCGUAAGAUUUUUGAAGCGGAUGGGGCGCAAUAUAGGCGCUUAGGGGUAUAUCCAGCGGAGGCUAUCCGUGCGAAGUUUAAGAAGUCGUGGCGCCAAAUUCGGUUGCGGUAG